AUAACACGCAGCCGCCGUCAAAUGACAAUAAAUUUUCGCUAGUAGUAUCAUCAUUAUUUGGAAGAAUUUUUUUUUUUAGAAGAAAAUUGCUUAAAGCACGCAUUGUCGUAUGCGACGAAUUCAGAUAGAAUAAGGAAAAUUAGUGAAAAUCGUUAACAAAACGGCUGCAUAACAAAUACACAAGGUUCAACAAGUAACUACUUAGAACGUUCCAAAGAGUCACCCAGUCAAUAAAAACUAAAAAAAAAAAACAGAUACCUAAAUGAUAAAUAUGGAUAUAAGCGUGACACCGAACUAUUCAUACAUUUUCGAUUUCGAAAAUGAUUUCAUCCAUCAACGCACACGCAAAUGGAUGGUGGAGAAUUGGACUUGGGUGUUUUACUAUUGUGGCAUUUAUAUGUUGGUGAUAUUUGGCGGGCAGCAUUUUAUGCAAAAUCGUCCCAGAUUCCAACUACGCGGUCUAUUAAUCAUCUGGAAUACAAUGCUCGCCAUGUUCAGUAUUAUGGGCGCUUUUCGAACGGCACCGGAACUCAUACAUGUGCUACGUCAUUAUGGACUUUUCCAUUCCGUUUGCGUUCCUAGCUACAUCGAACAAGAUCGCGUCUGUGGAUUCUGGACCUGGUUAUUUGUACUCUCCAAACUGCCCGAACUUGGUGAUACAAUCUUCAUUGUGCUGCGAAAACAGCCGCUCAUAUUCCUGCACUGGUACCACCACAUUACUGUGCUCAUCUACUCUUGGUUCUCCUACACAGAAUACACUUCAUCGGCGCGCUGGUUCAUUGUCAUGAACUACUGUGUGCACUCGGUGAUGUACUCAUACUAUGCGCUAAAGGCAGCGCGUUUCAACCCACCACGCUUCAUUGCCAUGAUCAUCACCUCACUGCAGCUGACACAAAUGAUUGUCGGCUGUGCGAUCAAUGUGUGGGCCCAUGGUUUCCUCAAGACACACGGACGGCAAUCGUGCAACAUCUCACAGACGAAUAUCAAUCUAUCGAUAGCGAUGUACUUCAGCUACUUUGUGCUGUUUGCGCGCUUCUUCUACAAGACAUACUUGUCGCCAGCCGGCAAGAAGAGUCGCCGCAUGGCAGCAUCACUGGCAGCACAAAAUACAGCCAAAUUGUCACCAUCGUCACAGGAGGAGCACAAAAGUGUUGCUGCGAAUGGCAGCGCUGCCGCACUUAACGGUACAGCGUUACUGCGCAAAUCCAAAGCGCAGUAAGCGGCGACAGCAGCAGCAGCAGCGGCGGUGCUGGAGCUAUGUUUUGUUGUAUUUUUGGUGGGGCGUUCCAGCGGGUGCCGAAUGAAAGAUUGAAACGUAUUUUUUUGAAUUGGAAUUCGGGCAGAGUAUAAGUCAAAAGUCAAAAGUCAGUAGCCAGUAGUCAGUUAGUUGGAGUAGCGGGUCAACGAAACGGGAGCAGAAGGAGAAAACGGAGCGCAAUGAUUUCAACAAAACAGCCUGGAAUGUAAUACAAAUUUGUUGUAUUCAUUAAAUUAUUUAAGUAUACAAAAAAAAAACAA